AUGGGCACCGACCCCUCCUUGAUGGCGCUGGGGACAGCAGCUCACACCUGUUCCACCUGGUCCCUGAGUUUGGUGGCCUGCCCCUGGGAUGCCAGUCUGCUGCCAAGGUGCCCACCAAGCUGGGUGGCCAUGGACACCAUGAUUAGAAUCUUCCACCGGGACUUGAAGGAAGGGAACAGGUUCAAACUCAACAAGGGGGAACUGAAGAUGCUCCUGCAGAGAGAGCUCAUGGAAUUCCUCUCGUGCCAAAACCCCCAGCUUGUUGACAAGCUGAUGUAGGAUGUGGACGCCAAUAAGGACAAUGAAGUGGAUUUUAAUUAAUUUGUGGUCAUGGUGGCAGCCCUGGCAGUUGCUUGUAAUGAUUACUUUGUAGAACAAUUGAAGAAGAAAGGAAAGGGAAGAUAA